GGUAUUUUCCAGAAAUAGCACAAAGUUUCUGACCUUCUUCUUCCUCUUUUCGCUCGACGUUAAACUCUCACGACUCUGCUCUCUCUUCCAGAUCGGUUGCUGCAAUGGGAAAGAAGAAGGCGGAGGAGAGCGGUGCAACCACCAAAACUAAGGGGAGUGGCAAAGACGUUUCGAAAGAUGGGAAGAAAGAGAAGAUUUCGGUCACGGCGAUGCUUGCCAGUAUGGACCAGAAACCUGAUAAACCUAAAAAGGGUUCUUCCUCUUCCUUGGCUGCUACUUCUAGCAAACCUAAGACCAAAGCCGCCCCAAAAUACACCGAUGACAUUGAUCUACCUCCCUCUGAUGAGGAGGAUGAAGACUCUGGAGAAGAACUGAAGCAAUCCAAUCGGAGGAGUGACCCAAAGGCACUUGAAAUAUUGAUGAGUGAAAAAGAGUUGAAAAAAAGAGAAAAGAAGGAUGUGCUUGCCGCCUAUGCAGCAGUGCAGGCAAAACAGGAGGCUCUUAAGGAUGACCGAGAUGCUUUUACUGUUGUUAUUGGUAGUCGGAGCUCAGUUCUUGAUGGAGGUGAUGAAGCUGAUGCCAAUGUCAAAGAUAUAACCAUAGAUAAUUUCUCUGUGGCAGCUCGGGGUAAAGAACUUUUGAAGAAUACAUCAGUAAAGAUAUCUCAUGGGAAAAGGUACGGUUUGGUUGGACCCAAUGGAAUGGGCAAGUCUACAUUAUUAAAGCUCCUUGCUUGGAGGAGGAUUCCAGUACCUAAGAAUAUUGAUGUUCUUUUGGUUGAACAAGAGGUGGUUGGUGAUGAUAGAACUGCUCUUGAAGCAGUUGUUUCCGCUAAUGAAGAGCUUGUCAAGCUCCGAAAUGAGGUUGCAGCUUUGCAGAAUUUGUCUUCUGCUGCUGAGGGUGAGAAUGAAGUUGAAGAUAGCAAUGGGGAUGAUGCAGGAGAGAGGCUUGCUGAAUUGUAUGAGCAGUUGCAGAUAUUGGGGUCGGAUGCGGCUGAGGCUCAGGCAUCAAAGAUUCUUGCUGGAUUGGGGUUCACCAAAGGAAUGCAAGGUCGUCCAACCCGGUCAUUUAGUGGUGGCUGGAGAAUGAGAAUAUCAUUGGCUAGGGCACUUUUUGUGCAACCAACGCUAUUGUUAUUAGAUGAACCCACAAACCAUCUUGACCUUAGGGCCGUUCUCUGGUUAGAGGAGUACUUGUGUCGGUGGAAGAAAACUCUUGUUGUUGUCUCACAUGACCGGGAUUUCCUUAACUCUGUCUGCAAUGAGAUCAUUCAUCUCCAUGAUUUGAAGCUUCAAUUAUAUCGUGGAAACUUUGAUGAGUUUGAAAGUGGGUACGAUCAGCGUCGCAAAGAGAUGAACAAGAAGUUUGAAACUUAUGAGAAGCAAAUUAAAGCAGCCAAGAGGUCAGGGAAUCGUGCUCAGCAGGAGAAGGUUAAAGACCGGGCUAAGUUUAAUGCUGCAAAAGAAGCAUCCAAGAGCAAGGCAAAGGGAAAGGUUGAUGAGGAUGAGCCUCUGCCAGAGGCCCCAAAGAAAUGGAGAGAUUACAGUGUGGAGUUCCACUUCCCUGAACCUACUGAGCUCACACCACCACUCUUGCAGCUAAUUGAAGUCAGUUUCAGUUACCCAAACCGAGAGGAUUUCAGGCUCGCAGAUGUUGAUGUAGGUAUUGAUAUGGGAACACGUGUUGCUAUUAUUGGGCCAAAUGGAGCGGGAAAAUCUACUCUACUGAAUCUUCUUGCAGGUGAUUUGGUUCCGACUGAGGGUGAAGUACGGAGGAGUCAGAAGCUGAGGAUUGGGAGGUAUUCACAGCACUUUGUGGACCUACUAACAAUGGAGGAAACACCAGUGCAGUAUCUUCUUCGUCUUCAUCCAGAUCAAGAGGGACUUAGCAAGCAGGAGGCUGUUCGUGCAAAGCUUGGAAAAUUUGGACUCCCCAGCCAUAAUCACCUCACCCCAAUUGCAAAAUUAUCUGGAGGGCAAAAGUCACGGGUUGUCUUCACUUCAAUUUCCAUGUCGAAGCCACACAUAUUGCUAUUGGAUGAGCCUACAAAUCAUUUGGACAUGCAGAGCAUUGACGCACUGGCUGAUGCACUGGAUGAGUUUACUGGUGGAGUUGUCCUGGUCAGUCAUGACUCUAGGCUCAUAUCACGUGUUUGUGAUGAUGAAGAGAGGAGUGAAAUUUGGGUUGUAGAAAAUGGAACUGUGAGUACUUUCCCUGGAACAUUUGAGGAGUACAAGGAGGAGUUACAAAGAGAGAUCAGAGCAGAGGUUGACGAUUGAUUUGGCAACUCUGGCAUAAGUAUAGAUGUUGCACAUCAUACAUUGCUCUUGUUGUGUUUAUAUUGAAUUUUGUAACUCAAUGAGUGUAAUCCCUGUCUUGCGGAUGUGUAGAAAUUACAAACCUUAUAUUUAGUCAGAUGUUCACUUCUUAUAUGUGCACUUUUGAUCUCAUGCAUGAUGCAUGCUAGUCAACUUUUAUUGUGAAAAAUAUUGCUAUGAUUUUCUUGGUUAUAAUACUAUUUUUGCCCCUUUUCAUUGUUC